CUGAAUGUGUUUUGGGAUAGAAGUUUUUGAUAUCGAAUAAUUCAUUGUUGCAAUAAAACUAAUACAUAAAGUGAAAAUAUCGUAAUAGUGAUAUUUCCAUCUUUCGGAACUAUGGCUGGCAUUGUACCAUUGUCUGGUAGAUCUGGUAGAAAACAAUGGACACUGCAUGAUGGACCAAGAGGAUCUCUAAGAAGAUUACGGUCUCAGUUGGCUGAAGAUGGUUGUCCAGAAUCUCAAGUUGUACUAGCAAAACAAUUAUUGGAAGGAAGAUGUGAUCUAGAUGUUGAUAAAGAAGAAAAUGCAAAAUUAGCUGUGUAUUGGCUUACAAAAGCUUCAGAACAAGGAAAUAUGGAAGCAACAGAUAUACUUAAAAAAUGUUUAGCAACUGGCCGUGGUAUCACAGAAUAUAACUAUUAUGAUGUCAAAAGUUGUCUUGAUAUGACUCAAGAUGAAAAAUUAGCCAGGAGAGCAGCAAGAGAAAUGUUCACUAGUUUGUCAAAUGGAGAGGAUUUUAUUACAACAGAGCAAUUACAAAGACGUAUGAAAGAUAUAGCAUCAAAUUCAGAUAAUGGUAGUUAUUCUCAAUUUAAUAAUGUAUUACAUAAUAACUCACAAAACUCAACUGAUAACUUUCCAAAAAAUGGGCUUCCUGAAGACUGUAUACCUAAAAGAGAUGAAGAUGAGAAUGGGGUUUAUGAUUGGAUGGAUCAUCAAGGGGAGAAAAUUACAGAAGCAGCUCUUGUUUCUGCUGCUGCUAGCUAUGCUCGUGGUAUGCUUCCAAUAGUUUCACAUGCUCUGUGCAUAGUAGAUCCAUCUCAAAUGACAUUAGAUACUGUACCACUUCUACAAAGGCCUCUCAUCCAUCCCCUUGCAUCCUUAAAAUGUCUAUACGUUUGGUUGAUAGAGACAUUAGGUCAAAGAGGAAUGUCAAUUAAGAAAAUUCUUUUCACAUCGAAUAUACAUAUACUGUUACUUUUGUUAUUGUAUUCGUUAUUUGGUACUGAAAGUUUAAUACUUUUUAUACCAAUGGCUUUAUACUAUUUAUCGUUUAUCGUUAUGGUUAUCGCUACUUUUCAAAUGUUACAACGAAAACGCGAAUUCAAUAAUUUUCGUAUUUGGUCCGGCUUGUUCCUCAGUUAUUCAGGUGGAAAUUUAAACCCCGAUGAAGCGGAGUAUCAGUUUUGCUGUAAUAAUCUUAAACCUUAUGGUCAUUUUUUUCUUGCUUUACUUUUAAACCUGAUGAUCUAUCCUAUCAUAGCUCAUCAGUGGACACCUCAAUCCGAAUUUACUAUCAUAGCGGUUACAUUAACAUUAAUAACAUUGCUGAACUUUAUGUGGAACGAUACGUCCAAACUUCCAGAUUUUUUAGCUCUCUCCAGUUUCGGUGUUCAUGUUUUAGCAAAGUAUCCAUAUGAAACAGAUAUUGUAGUUGCUCAAGGAUGGAGAUUUUUGGAUAUAAGAGUCCCAACAUUUGCUUCGUAUGUUGUUGGUAACGGUAUCGAAUUUUGUUUGAACUUUCGUGCAGUUUUUUACCUCUUAAUCCCGGCAGUUUUUGCAAAAAUGGCAGCUCGCAAUAAUUGGCGAGGAACCUAUCAAACUUUGAUACCCCAUUGUGUUACUUUAAGUUGGUGGCAAAUAGCAAUCUUUAGUUCUCAAGGUGCAACGUGGUACGGCUUAAUUAGAGGUGCUCUCGCAUUAGUUGGUAUGGUUCUCUUUUUACCACUCGCUGGUCUGGCCUCUAUCAUUUUACCAAUCGUAGCGGCUGCUAAAUAUUUGUCAGAAAACGAUUUGGUAAUGAGAAUAGCUGUAACUACUUUACUGGGAGGAAUGCCAUUUCUUGCUUCUUGGUAUUUGAGAAAAACUCGAACUCCUAAAUUUAAUUGGAUGAUCACGGUCAUUCAGUUGAUCAUAGGUAUUAGCGCUGGCAUGUUCUUAUCGUGGCCGAUGAUAAUGGAAUACAAACAAGAACCCGACAUGUAUGAAGGUGUUUCGUCACUCUCAUGGGAACAAUAUCAAAAUCAUUGUCAUCAACCUGCAUGGGAAGAGCUGUCGUCUCAGGCACAGGUGCAAAUACAAUGUGCCGAUUUAGAAGGAAUAUUAAUCUCAUGGGAAGGUUACGUAACAAAUAUUAAGUUAAAAUCAAUAAAAAAUAAUAUUGCCGAAAUAUUUAAUAGACUGCCUGAUAGUAUUAGAAACAUAGUCAGUUGUAUGUAUGGUGAAAUGUACUCAAAUAAUUGCGAUUCAUAUGAUAAAUUGAGGCAGGAAAAUUGUAAACACUUUGCAAACAUUCAAAGACGAAGAAAUAAAUGCCACUUUCCCGCUUGGAAUCGGUAUGAAUUUGAGAUUUUGGUUAAAAUGAAAAGUGGUAUGUGGGGAAACAAUGCGGAAAUUUUAUUGAUCGCGGAUAAUUCUUUUACCAAUUUUAGUUUAAAUACAUAUCCAGGAGAUAAAAUUUGGUUUUCCGGUACACUCUUAAAUAAUGGUUUGAAGGAUGAGUCAUUGCUCGGUGGAUCUGAACCUCAUAUUGAAUUAGAAGAAAUUGGUUGUAUCGCAUGCCAUUCAAUUAACUUAAAAUCUUACAAACGUUAUAAAUAUCACAUAACGGUUAGUUCGAUUUUAAGUGACCUUUAUCUAGGCAUAAAAACUGUUUUGAAUUUUUUGUUGAAUCCUAUCGUAAUAUUUAAGUAG